AUCCUGGCACGGUCCAUGAACCACCAGGAGCUCGAACAAAUGCGUGCACGUAGCAACAAUCAGAUGAAGAAAACCCUCAAUUGGUGGGAUCUCAUUUGGUUCGGCAUUGGAGCAGUCAUGGGGGCAGGAAUUUUCGUGCUAACCGGUCAGGCGGCUAGGAACGAUGCUGGCCCUGCAGUAGUAAUCUCUUAUUUCAUAUCAGGUGUUUCUGCACUAUUAUCAGUGCUGUGCUACACUGAGUUCUCAGUGGAACUCCCUGUGGCUGGAGGCUCAUUUUCCUAUCUUAGAGUAGAACUUGGUGAUUUUGUGGCCUAUAUUGCUGCUGGAAACAUCCUUUUUGAGUAUGUAGUAGCAGGUGCUAGUGUGGCAAGGUCAUGGACCUCAUACUUUGCUACAUUGUGCAAUCACAAUCCCAACGAUUUUCGAAUCAACGUGCCAGCCCUUGCCGACAACUUCAACCAUUUAGACCCGAUCGCCGUCGUUAUCUCCAUUUUGGUUUGCAUCGGUGCAGCCUUGAGCAUGAAGGCCUCGUCUAGAUUCAAUUCGGUUACAACUAUCGUCCAUCUGGUGGUUUUGGUUUUCAUCUUCAUUACCGGCAUGACCAAGGCCAACCCUGCUAAUUUCACCACAAACUUUUUACCAUUUGGCUUCCGCGGUGUCUUGAAAGCUUCAGCGGUUCUCUUCUUUGCUUAUGUAGGAUUUGAUGGUGUGGCAACCUUGGGGGAGGAGAUUAAAAACCCUGGUAGAGAUAUCCCGAUUGGGCUGAUUGGCUCAAUGUUGGUUACCAUAACAACUUAUUGCGUCCUUUCAGCUACGUUGUGCCUGAUGCAGCCAUACAGCCAAAUUGAUGCUGAUGCCUCAUUCACCAUGGCCUUUCAAGCUGCAGGUAUGAAUUGGGCAAAGUACAUUGUUGCUUUGGGAGCAAUUAAAGGCAUGACAACAGUCCUGCUAGCCAACCUCAUCGCUCAAGCUCGGUAUUUCACUCACAUUGGGCGCACCCACAUGGCACCAGCAAUCCUGGCAUCCAUCCACCCAAAAACUGGCACGCCUGUGAAUGCCACGGUUAUUAUGACUGUUGCAAACUGCCUUGUUGCCCUCUUCACAAGCCUUGAUGUCCUGGCAAACCUUCUUUCUAUAUCAACCCUGUUCAUCUUUUCCCUUGUUUCCUUAGCACUGAUCGUACGACGAUACUACGUUACUGGUGAAACAUCAACUUCUGACAGAGACAAGCUCAUUAUAUUCUUGACAUUAAUCGUAGGAUCAUCAAUUGCUACUGCUGUUUAUUGGGUGCUUAGCCAGGGUUGGAUUGGCUACGUCGUGACAGGCGUAAUUUGGUUUGCUGCCACUUUAGGCUUGCAAUUGACCCUCAAACAAGCAAAGAAACCUAAACUGUGGGGGGUGCCAUUGGUUCCUUGGUUGCCAUCAGCUAGCAUUGCAUUCAAUGUUUUCAUCUUGGGUUCUAUUGAUGUACCUUCAUUCAUAAGAUUCGCAAUUUGGACGUUGGUUUUGCUCGUCUACUAUAUAUUCGUCGCACUGCAUGCUUCAUAUGAUGCAGCAAGGGAGACUGAUAGAGUAGAAGCUCAAGCUAGUCAAGCUAGUCAAGCAAGUCAAGCAACCAACAUGGAGGCUGGGACUAGCUAA